AUGUCUAUCCCAACCCAGCAGAAAGCUCUCGUUCUCGAAGCCAAGUUCGGGAACUUCACCGUACAAACGACGGACGUCCCGCGCCCCGGCCCCGAGGACCUACUGGUGAAGAUCGAGGCCGCAGCCCUCAACCCGGCGGACUGGAAGAUACAGACAUACGGCAUACUCGUCAAUGAGUACCCUGUCGUCCUAGGAAGCGACGCGUCUGGCAUCGUGAUCGCGGUCGGCGAGAAGGUCUCCCCGGAGGCAUUCGCAGUCGGGGACCGCGUCAUCUUCCAAGGCGAUAUUGACUUCGAAAAGCAAACUACACGUGGUACCUAUGCUCAGUACCUCACCCUCCCCCACCAGUUCGUUGCAAAGUUUCCGGAGAAUUUGCCCUUUGACGAAGCAGCCACUGUCCUGAGCGGUGUUGCGACGGUCGCCUUGCCGCUGUACAACCAUGUCGAAGGAGCAGACUCGGUCAAGCUCUUCCCUCCUUGGAAGGAGGGCGGAAGGGGGAAAUACGCGGGGAAAUCGUUCCUCGUCGUCGGUGGGGCCACAUCCAUGGGACAGUUCGCUAUUCAGUUUGCUCGCCUGUCCGGCUUCUCCCCCAUCGUGGCGACCGCCUCCGUCCACCAUGCCGCGUUCCUCAAAACCCUGGGCGCGACACACGUCGUGGACCGCAAACUCGCAGCCGGAGAGCUCCAGGCCGAGUUCGCUAAGAUUGCGAGCGGGCAGUUUGACGUUGUCUAUGACGCCGUUUCCGUCGCGGACACCUUCCCUCUCUCCCUGGCUGCUACUGCCCCCGGCGGCCACCUCGUUGUCGUCCUUUCCCCUGCGGAGACGGCUGAAGAGGCUAGAAAGCAAGGGAAGAACGUGCACUUUGCGCAGGGUCUGUUUAUGCAACCAAUCAACCGAGAGGUGUCUGGGCCGCUGCUCUCGAGCCUUCCGAAGUUGCUUGAAACCGGCGACAUCAAGCCCAACAGGGUUGAAGUCCUCUCUGGCGGACUGAACGGGGUCGUUGGUGGUUUGGAGCGGCUGAAGGCUAACCAAGUUAGUGGGGUGAAGCUCAUCGUUCACCCGCAAGAGACGGCCUGA